UCAAGCCUGCUGACACACUGCUACUUUAAUCAGUGAUCUCCCAAAGCAUCUACUGUCAUUUGUACAAGGCCACUGGAUGGUUGUGAGUGGGUCAGAUUCAGCAGAGAAAAACAUCGUCCUAACAGAGAGACAACACGGAAAUAUUUCAACACUUGAGGAUGGCCAUAAAGCUGCUCUGUCUCUGUCUCCUGCUGGCUCUUCUGGGCCCCAUCUGGGCCAAAAAACAACCAUGUCUCGCUUCUGCGUCCAGCUGUGACCAGUGCAUCCAGUCCAGCCCUGAAUGUGCCUGGUGCACAGCUCCUGGAUUAAGCAGUCGGUGUCAAACCUCAAGGGGGCUGAGGAGGGCAGGAUGUCGUAAAAGUCACAUAUACAGCCCUCAGGGGGAGGUGAAGGUUGAACACAGUAGAAGAGGGCCAGCGGAUGUGGUCUCUGCCCUCCAGCCAGAAAAAUUGUACCUUCGUCUAAGACCUGGUGUAAAGAUGUCAUUCCCUCUGAUGGUCACUGUACAAAAAGGUCAGCCUGUGCCAGAACUAAGUGCAGAUACCAGCAACGUACCAGGAGGACUCAACAUCACCUUCAUGGCUACUAAAACUGGACCCCCAGCACAAGUUCAGGUGUAUGUGGAGGCUGCGCGUUGUCCCAGUGAUGAUGAAAUGGGACCAUGGUCUGUCUCCAUCACUCCAAAAGGGUUUUCAAUGAGUACGACAUUGGAAAUAACUUUUGAAUGUCAGUGUGGUUGUGUUGGAAUACGUGAGGAAAACAGUGCAGCCUGCAGCGGUCGUGGAGCUCUGAUGUGUGGCCGGUGUGACUGCUACAACUCCUUUAGUGGCAAAGAGUGUCAGAGGGAGUCUGGUUCACUUGUUUCACCCAAUGAAGACUACUGUCGCUCAGACCCUGACGCCCUGGUGUGCAGUGGCAGGGGGCUGUGUGUGGAGGGUUUCUGUGAAUGCGAGAGGCGAAUUAAUCCUGCAGAAAUUUACUCUGGACGAUACUGCGAGUGUAGCAACUUUGACUGUGAAAGAUCCAACAACAAGAUAUGUGCAGGACAUGGGUUGUGCACCUGUGGUGAAUGUUUAUGUGACGAGGGCUGGACGGGUGAGGACUGUAGUUGCUCCAUGGAUGUAAACUCAUGUAUGGCAACAAACCAGAAGGUGUGCAACGACAGAGGCAUGUGUCAGUGUGGAACUUGUGUAUGUAUGCCACCAUAUGCCGACCCGACCUGUGAGAGUUGCCCGACCUGUCAGGACACAUGUAUGCAGCACAUGGAGUGUGUGCAGUGUCGAGCUUUUGGAAUGGGAACAAAAAAAGACAGUUGUGAUCAGGACUGUGGCCACAUCAGUGUGGAAAUGGUGGAAACUACAGAGGAACUGCUCAAAACAGAAAAUGGUGCAAAAAUUUGUAAAAUGAGGGAUGAAAAUGAUUGCUCUUUCUACUACACCGCACCCUCAUCAUCAGGGGGGCAGACAACUGUAGCACGAUCUAAAGAAUGUCCCAGAGGACUGUGAAAGGUGUCUAUACUGUCAUUGUCUCUUUUUAUCUGUUUAUGAUGGAAUUUAUGAUUAUAGUUUAUUCUGUGAGAAACUGAAAAAUAAAAUGACUGGCGACUUAA